CUUCUUCUGGGUUGUUGGAUUUUAAUUCUCAUUUCUCCUCGAUCGGGCAUCUCACCGAACCGUUGGUGUGCCGAAUUAAGAUUCUUCAAACACCUUAACAUUCAUUCUUGUUGGGAGAUUUAAUACUGUUGGGUUUUGAUCUUCCAAUAUGAACGACCUUUUUUCCGGAUCAUUUUCUCGCUUUCGCAGUGCAGAGGCGUCUCCCGAUCACCAGCAUCAUACCAUUCAGAUGACGCAGUCUGCGUCCACCGGAGGGGUCAAUCUCGACAAGUUCUUCGAGGACGUGGAGUCGAUCAAGGACGAGCUCAAGGAGCUGGAGAGGCUCAACAAUAGCCUAAAGUCGUCUCACGAGCAGACCAAGACCCUGCACAAUGCCAAGGCGGUCAAGGACCUGAGAGCUCGCAUGGACGCGGACGUGGCCACAGCCUUGAAAACUGCCAAGCUCAUCAAGGUCCGCCUCGAGGCCCUUGACCGCUCUAACGGUGCUAACCGGAGCCUACCUGGUUGCGGGCCGGGCUCAUCAUCAGACCGGACCAGGACCUCGGUUGUCAACGGGCUGAGAAAGAAGUUGAAGGAUUCUAUGGAGAGCUUUAACGCAUUGAGAGAGAAGAUUUCCACCGAGUACAGAGAGACCAUCCAGAGGAGGUACUUCACAGUCACCGGCGAAAACCCCGAUGAGAGAAUUCUGGAUCGGUUGAUUUCCACAGGGGAGAGUGAGACGUUCUUGCAGAAAGCCAUUCAAGAGCAAGGGAGGGGCAGAAUUUUGGAUACAAUCAAUGAGAUUCAGGAAAGGCAUGAUGCAGUUAAAGACUUGGAGAAGAAUCUCCAGGAGUUACACCAAGUUUUCUUGGACAUGUCAGUGCUAGUUCAAGCUCAAGGGGAACAGUUGGAUGAUAUUGAGAAUCAAGUUGCAAGAGCCAAUUCCUUUGUAAGAGGGGGUAAUCAGCAGUUGGAGAAGGCUAGAGUUCUUCAGAAAAAUUCCCGGAAAUGGAUGUGCUAUGCCAUUAUUAUCUUCCUGGUGAUUAUCCUGCUUAUAGUGUUAGUCACUAUAAAACCAUGGCAAAAAUAACAAUGGCAAUAGGGGUAGUAGUACAACUUCUGCUUAAGUUACACCAUUCCAAUCUCAGUAGUACAACUCAUGCUUAAGUUACGCCAGUCCAAUCUCCUCCCCCACUACCUGCUGUGGCGAUUCCAUGGAAAUGCUGUUCAGGUAGACUUUUGUUGGAGAGACCACUUUUGAUUUGUUGAUUAUUCUUCACCGUAAUUAGUAUUUUGCUUUAGUUUUAUGAUGUCCUUUAGUUGCCAUAUGUCUAUUAGUUCAUUAUUUUGUUUAUCAUAUGCUCAUGUAAUGAAGUAUAAUUGUGCGU